AUGCCGCGCAUUGCAUUAAUGCAGGCCGUCAUUGCUUUGCAUUGCGUGGUUGGGUCAACAGCCGUUGCAGUCGACGCAAGAGGGCUGAAUGGUUCGCUAGUCCAAGCCAACUCCAGCAUCCAGUCUUCAUCUCGUGAUUUGGGCGGUGUCUUUGGCGUUACAAUCUCGGACAGCGCGCUUCAGUCACUAUGUCCAAACCGUGGAGUUGCAGCCGAAGUGGUUUUCCAAGAUGUGAUGCAUCGAGGCAACAGGAAGAAGCUGAAGCGAGCUCUGCAAAGAGCCCUUGAAUUGGCCGCGUGUGGGGCAGUAGUUGCUGCAAGUCUCGGGGGAGUACUCACGCCAUUGAGCAAAGUCUUCACCAAGUACUUCGGGGAUGCAAAACAGAACCGUACGGCAACAACGCAGGCGGUUCAUGCAACUUUCGUGGCAGCUCGCAAUGUGAUGGUCGAUGGAGUUGCUAUCAGGCAGGUCGACUCUACAGAGCCACGUUGCAGAUGUCCAACGAAGGACACGCGGCCGCUCGUUCUUCGGGUCACAGCGCCGUAUAUAUGCCCAGACGAGCGGCUGGGUGCCUUUGUAGAAUUCCAUGGCGGUGCCGUCAUCAAGGAUAAUCAGGGGCGCCCUUGGAUCAACGUUUGUGUGGACAGCCAUGCAGAGAUCACAGAUUUGCUUGCAGCCACAGUUCUGCACGAAGCAGUGCACAUCGCCGAUUAUCUCGUUACAGACGUACCUCUGGAGAAUGAUGUGAAAGCAUAUGGACCAGAGAAGUGCAAGAGCUUGGCUGCGGAGAGCGAAGGCUUGGCACUUCUGAACGCAGACUCGUAUGUGAGUUUCAUUAUUGAGUGUUUGCAGGUGAAAGACGAAUUAUUGAGUCGCAGACGUACUGAAGCAUUUUACGAAUCCUUUAGACAUCUGGGCCUAUAG